UUUGUAUGUACAAAUACAAUAUACAAGUCACACUUUAGCUCCACUCAACUCCACUCCACUACAUUCUCGAUAUUAAUCGCAUCAUCUCCACAAACGCACAAUAACCCCUCUUCCUUCUCUUCCUCCUACAUCCAAGAAAAUGAACAUACCAAGAAAAAGCAAGUUUAUACUAAUAAUACCAGUCACAAUUCUCACCAUAUUCUUUCUUAUACAUAAACCCACCUUCAAAACCUCUCAAAAACCUCACAUUAAUCUUCACGUUGUAAACCAUCUUCAACUUGCACAAUCCCAUUGUGAUGGCACCCUUUACCCUGACCUUUGCAUUACUACGCUCUCCACCAUUCCUCAUCUCCAUAAGAAGUCAUUAACAGAGAUCCUCCGCUAUACGAUUACGGUUACCGAGGCUAUAGUCCGCACCUCCACUGCGAAUGUAUCGAGCCUCGAGGCUGGCAACGGACACACAUUGAGUCGGUUGCAGCACAUUGCAGUGAAGGACUGCCUCGAACUCCUAGGCGACACGUCGGACCAGCUCGAGACAGUCCUCGAUGAAACAGAAGACCAGUGUGACCUGACCCAGAAUUUGAGCAAUGGUCUUACCUUUUUAAGUGCGGCUAUGACCAACCAGUUCACUUGCUUGGAUGGGUUCGACGUAGGGUCGAACGGGACCAUACGACGGUUCAUCCAAACAGGUAUAUACAACAUCUCAAACCACGUCAGCAACUCCCUCGUCAUGCUGAAGAAGAUCCGUGGACCCCGCCACUGCAAGCACAAGACAAUGUCGUCGCUUCCCUACGAUGAUGUUAACGGGCUAGACCGGGCUGGGUUUCCGGGCUGGAUGAUGAAGAAGAACCGACGGCUGUUACAGACGGCAACUCCACCCGGGAACGGGACGACAACCCGGGUGGACCUAGUGGUUGCAAAGGACGGUUCUGGUAAUUUCACGACCAUCAAAGAGGCGGUGCACGCGGCCCCGAAGAAGAGUGCCACUAGGUUUGUGAUAUACAUAAAGGCGGGAGCUUAUUUUGAAAAUGUGGAGGUUGACAAAAAGAAGACAAAUAUAAUGUUCCUAGGAGAUGGAAUUGGGAAGACGCUUAUUAAGGCAAAAAGGAACGUUGUUGAUGGAUACACUACUUUCAGGUCUGCUACUCUUGGAUGGAGUAAUUCAAUGGAUCGAUGUGGGUUUAUGAUCAAGUUAAAAAAAGCGGUAGUUGGAGCUGGCUUCAUAGCAAAAGGCAUAACAGUAGAAAACUACGCAGGACCAACAAAACAUCAAGCAGUUGCUCUAAGAAGUGGAUCAGAUCUCUCUGCAUUCUACCAAUGCAGCUUUAUAGGCUAUCAAGACACCUUAUACACCCAUUCGCUACGACAAUUCUACAGAGAGUGCGACAUUUAUGGGACGGUAGACUUUAUAUUUGGUAACGCAGCUGUUGUGUUCCAAAACUGCAACUUAUAUGCUCGGGAGCCACUUUCGAACCAAAAGAAUGUGUACACUGCUCAGGGCCGACAUGACCCGAAUCAAAACACUGGAAUUUCCAUCUUAAACUGUAAGGUCGCGGCAGCAGCUGAUUUAGCACUUAACAAGACGGCUUACAAAACAUUCCUAGGCCGACCAUGGAAGAAUUACUCUAGGACUGUCAUUAUGCUGUCGAAUAUCGAGGAUGUUGUUGAUCCUGCUGGUUGGUUAGAGUGGUCUGGUGAUUUCGCAUUAAGCACACUCUAUUAUGGAGAGUACAAUAAUAGAGGACCGGGAGCGGAAACUAGUGGAAGGGUUACAUGGCCAGGUUAUAGAGUCAUCAAUAUCACCGAUGCAACCAACUUUACAGUAGGGAAUUUUAUCUCAGGUGGUGAGUGGCUGCCUCCUUACGGUAUUCCCUACUAUCUCAAUUGGACUAGCUAGUAAUUGUUCGACAGUCAAAUUAAGUUUUUGUUUUAAAUCAAUUGUUUGAUUUUUAGCCUAACAACGUACUCAUUGUAGCAACAUUGGCAACAUCAAAUCAUACUAUUGGGUAGUACGUA